GGCAGGGAAGCCUGCGGAAGGCGGAAGUGUGCGCUGAGAGGCGGUCGUGAAGAGCGGCCGAGGUGGCCCGGGUCGGUCUCUGGCUGCGCUUCCGCGUCUGGGCGCCGGGACACGGAGGCGGCCGGCGACAGCGAGUGGGGGACGAUGCCGUGAGGCAGCCGCAGGGCCUGGCGGGGUCUGGAGGUUGACCGUCCCCGCCGCCUUCGCGCGAGGCCGCCGCCUCCAGGCAGUCGCCCGUCCGUGUCAGGGUCUCGCAUCCCCGGUGCUCCCAGGGCCUCGGACCGGGGCGCCCGGGCCCUAAGCCCCGCGCGAUGACCGCGGCCGCCGCCUCCAACUGGGGGCUGAUCACGAACAUAGUGAACAGCAUCGUGGGGGUCAGUGUGCUCACCAUGCCCUUCUGCUUCAAACAGUGUGGCAUCGUCCUGGGGGCCCUGCUGUUGGUUUUCUGCUCUUGGAUGACGCACCAGUCCUGCAUGUUCCUGGUGAAAUCUGCCAGCCUGAGCAAACGGAGAACGUACGCGGGCCUGGCGCUGCACGCCUACGGGAAGGCGGGGAAGAUGGUGGUGGAGACCAGCAUGAUCGGGCUGAUGCUGGGGACCUGCAUGGCCUUCUACGUUGUGAUCGGCGACUUGGGGUCCAACUUCUUUGCUCGGCUCUUUGGGUUUCAGGUGGUCGGCACCUUCCGCAUGUUCCUGCUCUUCGCGGUGUCCCUGUGCAUCGUGCUUCCGCUCAGCCUGCAGAGGAACAUGAUGGCCUCCAUCCAGUCCUUCAGCGCCAUGGCCCUCAUGUUCUACACCGUGUUCAUGCUUGUGAUCGUGCUGUCCUCCCUCAAGCACGGCCUGUUCGGUGGGCAGUGGCUGCAGCGCGUCAGCUACGUGCGCUGGGAGGGUGUCUUCCGCUGUAUCCCCAUCUUCGGCAUGUCCUUCGCCUGCCAGUCUCAGGUUCUGCCCACCUACGACAGCCUGGAUGAGCCGUCGGUGAAAACCAUGAGCUCCAUAUUUGCCUGCUCCCUCAACGUGGUCACCGCCUUCUACGUCACGGUCGGCUGCUUCGGCUAUGUGAGCUUCACCGAGGCCACUGCGGGCAACGUUCUGAUGCACUUUCCCUCCAACCUGGUGACGGAGAUGAUGCGAGUGGGCUUCAUGAUGUCCGUGGCCGUGGGCUUCCCGAUGAUGAUCCUGCCGUGUCGGCAGGCCUUGAACACACUGCUUUUUGAGCAGCAGCAAAAAGAUGGGACCUUUGCUGCUGGAGGCUACAUGCCGCCCCUGCGGUUCAAAGCCCUCACCUUCUCAGUCGUGUUUGGAACCAUGGUGGGUGGAAUCAUGAUCCCCAACGUGGAGACGAUCCUGGGCCUCACGGGCGCGAUGAUGGGAAGUCUCAUCUGCUUCGUCUGCCCGGCUCUGAUCUAUAAGAAAAUCCACAAGAACACCCUUUCCUCCCAGCUGGUGUUCUGGGUUGGCCUGGGCGUCCUGGUGGUUGGCACACACACGACCCUGUCCGUGAGCGAGGACGCCCCCGUGGACUUGGCCGAGGAAGCCCCGGCCGGCCGGAUUGAAGAGGCCGAGGGCAUCGUAAAGGCAGAGGCGGCUCGGCUCCCAGGGCCGGGAACGGCUGCCUGCCUGUGCGGGACAGCAGGAUGGAGAGCUCAGAGCCCACCGCUCGGAGCGCUGACAGGCCUGAAUCCAGGCGUGGACACGGCCGCGGACGGCCGAGAUAAGCCGAAGCUGCCCAAUGAGAAAGAUGAGAUGGAGCAGGCCCAGAUUAAGGGCCCCGUGGACGCGCCCCAGAGGGAAGGUGCCAAGGAGAAGCAGGAGGAGGCGCAGCUGGACCGGCCGGGCCGAGGUGUGGCAGCACCCGUGGGCGAGGCCCACCGCCACGAGCCCCCUGUCCCUCAUGACAAGGUGGUGGUGGACGAGGGUGAAGACCGAGAAGAGCCAGCGGAGAAUGAGCGUUCGUCCAAGCACGUGGAGGAGAAGGCUCCAGGGGGCAAGGCUCAGAUGGCACUGCCUCUGCCAGAUUCGGAAAGAGAGAGACCCAGACAGGACCAGGUCUUAGAGGUAGCAGGGGGUCUCCCUGAAGACCCCUGGAAGGUUCCAGAAGGCAAUGGUCAGCCAGCUAUCGAGCCCGUGAAGGAGGACCAGGGGCCAGGCGACGGGGGUCUGCAGCCAGGGCCCCAGGCAGUGCCACCCGAGGGGCAGGACGCCCCAGCAGCUGGUGCGGCGGAGAGAGCCGGCGGGGACCCGCUGCCGGGCCGGGCUGCAGGCGCCGCGGGCAAGCUGGUGGACAAGAGUGAGCCCGGUGGGAAGGCCGCCCUCCCGGUGAAGCUGGCCCCCGAGGCCGGGCCGCAGGCAGAGCCGCAGGAGCAGGGGGAUGCGGAGGGCCAGGCCGGAGGCCACGCCGGCAGCAAGCUGGAGGCCGAAAUCAAACAGAUAGUAGCAGAAGCCGGCCGUGCGGAGAUGCUGGACCAUGCGGUCCUCCUGCAGGUGAUCAAGGAGCAGCAGGUGCAGCAGAAGCGGCUCCUGGACCAGCAGGAGAAGCUGCUCGCGGUGAUCGAGGAGCAGCACAAGGAGAUCCGACAGCAGAGGCAGGACGGCGAGGACGCCGAAGCGCAGCCAGAGCCUGGGGUGCCGGCGCCCAGAGGGAAGGAGCAGGAGACCCAGGAGGGGCAGACCGCGGACCACCCCCCGCAGCAGCCUGUGGAACUUGCACUCGGAGCCCCCGGGCGUUUCCCCGCUCCGCCCCAGGGCCACGGCCCGGGCGCCUUGGAGGAGCCCAAGUCGGCUGUAGGCAGAGCUCCAGCGGGUCCUCCUGGCGCUGCCGACAUGGAGCCCCGGGCGGCCCAGGCUGACCUGAGGGAAGGCCAGCGGGGCGCUGUGGCCCAGGCAGCUGGCGCUGGCAUGCCGGAGCGGGUGCCCGUGCCGGACCCUGCCGAGGGGCCCAAGAGCCCAGAGAAGCCCGUUGCUGGUGAGCUGCCCGAACAGGACACUUUCGGCAGAAGCUCCCACGAAAGGAAGAAAUCCCGGAAAGAGGUGGCCCCCAGUGCCAGUGCUCAGGAAGCGGGUGUGCUGGGGGUGAGGGAGAAUGGCGACCCUCAGGUGAGGUCCCAGCCCGUGAGCCGAGGCCGGGGACCCGCAGGCCUGUCCAGCAGGUCAGGAGGAGCAGCCCCCGGGGCCCAGGCUGAGAUUCGGCAGCUGGAACACCGGGCUGUUUCUGUUGGGACUCAGGGUGGGCAGCAGGGCGCUCACCUGGAGGCCAGAAAGGAGGCCAUCGCCGGGGACCGUGCACGUGCUCUGGGGGAGGACACUGCCGUCCAGGAGCCGGAGCGGAGGCAGAACCCUGAUCCGGGGCCCAUCCCUGGGGCUCAGAAGCUAGAACAUGCCAAAGCCAACCGAGACCUCAAAGUCCAGGCCGGUUCUGACCUUAGGAGGAGACGGCGGGAUGUGGCUCCUGGGGCAGGCGGGGACCCGGCCCCAAGGGACAGGGUCAUCAUCAGCUUUAACCCUCUCCCAGACGUUCAGGUCAAUGACCUCCGUCGUGCGCUGGAGACCCAGCUACACCAGGCCGCGGGGGGUGCCUUGUGGGUGGUCCACGGCCGCCAGGUAAAGCAGCUGGUGGGAGCCCCAGAGGAGCCCUGAGCGGCCACCAGCGGCUGCUGUCCUCUGUUGGUGGGUCUCAGUGGCCUGUCACCGCAGCCUCGCUGUCCAGGCGGCCCGUGCCUUCUCCGUCCCGCAUCUUCAGCUUGUCCGAGUGACCGAGCUCAGCAGGUCCCAGAUGACGCAGCGGCCGGCUGGGGAGCACGGCCCUGAUACGGACACGGGCUGCCCUGAGAGCCCGCUGCACGCCAGGCUCCCGCUUUCUCCAGUCGUCACAAGCGAGACGCUGCGAGGGUUGCAGAGAACCACGGCGAGCUCAGCCCACGCUCACCUCGCUGGACGCAGCUUCAUGGCUACGGGUGUCUCGAGGGUCAGAGCCACCCGCCGCGCGCCCGCCUUGGCCCCUGUCACAGCCCCUCUGCUCUCCAUGUUCCGUCUGCUUUUCUAAACCAUAAAGUUGUUUACGAAUUAGAAA